AGUUCCCAAAGUUAAAUAUAUACAUACCUUAAAAAGAGAACAUGAAACUAACACUUGAUUUUUCUAAUUAGGCUGGCAGAGGCACAGUGAAGCCCCACAGUGGAUUCAAUGCUAAUAAUGAUGCUGAAGUUCUCUACAAGGCCAUGAAAGGACUCGGCACUGAUGAGGCUGCCAUUCUCCAGCUGUUGACAGCACGCAGUAAUGCACAGCGCCAAGAAAUCAAAGCUGCAUACAAAACCCUGCAUGGAAAGGAUUUGGUGGAUAAUUUGAAGUCAGAGCUGGGUGGGAAGUUUGAGAGUCUGAUAGUGGCUCUGAUGAUUCCUCCCAUCAUGUAUGAUGUCAAAUGUCUGCGGGAUGCUAUUAAGGGUGCAGGCACAGAUGAGAAAGUGUUGGUUGAGAUCUUGGCAUCUAGGUCACCUAAUGAAGUCAGCCAGAUCAAAAGUUUAUACAAGCGAGAGCAUAAUGAUGACCUGGAGGAAGAUGUGUGUGGUGACACUGGAGGUCAUUUCCAGAGGAUGCUGGUUGUUUUGCUACAAGCCAGCAGACAGCAGGGUUUACAAGAAGACCUCAUCCAAAGCGAUGCCCAGGCUCUGUUUGCCGCAGGAGAACAGAAGUUUGGAACUGACGAAGGCCAGUUCAUCACUAUACUGGGAAACCGUAGCAAUGCUCACCUUAGGAAAGUGUUUGAGGAGUAUAGGAAGCUCUCUGGGUAUGAAAUAGAGGAGAGCAUCCAGAGAGAGACAUCAGGAACCCUCCAAGAAGUACUGCUGGCUGUGGUGAAGUGUGCCCGCAGUGUGCCAGGUUAUUUUGCCGAUAGCCUUUACAGUGCCAUGAAGGGAGCAGGCACUGAUGACAAGACAUUGAUUAGGAUCAUGGCUUCCCGCAGUGAGGUGGACAUGUUGGAUAUACGUGCUGAAUUCCGCAAGAGGUUUGCUACCUCUCUGCACAAAAUGAUUCAGGGUGAUACUUCAGGUGACUACCGUAAAGCCCUGCUGCUGCUGUGUGGCGGUGAUGAUGCAUAAACCCUGCCACCCUCUCUGCCUGGGUCAGAUCCCAUGACUCCCAUCUCUGGGGCUGGUCUAUGGGACGAGGGCAUAGUCCCCUUCUGAACCCAAUUGAGGACAAAUUACAAAAACAUGACAUUCCAAAUCAAAAGAAGGAUCUCUUGUCGAACUGUGAAGAUGCUCUGCAUAGCACAGAAUUACUUAAUUCAAAUGAGCAAAUUUUGGCAUUUAUAUUUCAUGAAAUGCAUAAUUGAUUUAGAGAGGAAGAAUAUUUUAGUAUAAACUUCAAAAAUAUUAUCUUUUCCAUAUUCAAAGACUCAGAGAAAAACAUAAUAACCCUUCUCUGCUUGUCUUGUACAGUCUAUCAUAGAAAAAAAGACAGUUUUACUCAUU